UACCAUAACAACAAAACAAAAGGUGCGUUUGUUACCUAAAUAUUGGGAGCAAAAAGAAACAACAUCAAAACAUGCAACCAAAAAUUGAAUUAAUAUCAGCAAUAGCUACCACUUGAAAAUGCUCUUUGUUUGUUUGAAUCGUUUUUAAGAUAAAGAGUAUAUUUCAGUAGAAAGUUUGGAAAAAAAUGUGCUUGAAAUUUAUUUUAUUUGCAAAUUGGAUUUUCGUUAUUAAAGGUAUUAACGACUUAGAGUAUAUGGAGAAUACAGACGCAGUAUUAAUUGACAAAAACAACGUUAAAGAAAUAAUUAAUAAACUGGAUCCGGUAAAACCUGGCAUAGCUCUAAAAAAGAAAAUGAAGAUAAAUUGCCAUUACAUUAAUCCUGACACAUCCUUAAAAAGAAAAGCAUUACUUUACGAGUUAUGUCCAAAUUAUAGAAAUAAAGAGUUUUUAAAAAAAUCCAACCAUGUAGCACAAGUAAUAAGAAACAAUGCAAACAAAUCAUUUGUCGAACAGAAACGAGCUUUCAUUGAAGCCGUCAAUGAAAUGGCUAGAGCUGCCGGACACCUACCCACUCUGCAAUUGCAAUAGUAAAAUAAUAAUCGGACACUUAACAGCUCCCAAUCAAAAAAUGAUAAAGUGCUUGGAAACUACAAUGUUUGAAGUAAUAACUAAAAAGUAGCGGAGCACCGUCCAAUAAAUGAAUAUAUAUAUAUAUAUAUAUAUAUAUAU